UUGUGAAAUGAAGUCCUGUAUUUCAGAUUCAGAAUAAAGAUGCUCUCAGAGGUGAAAGAAUUUAUUCCUCGUGUUAAGGCAGAGGAAGGCCAGCAGGAGGAGGAACCGGAGGAUGAGGAGGACCUGGUUGACCCUGUUGCCAACGUGAAGGAGAACUGCGCAGAAACUACCUGUUCAACUGCCAAGGCGCGCUUGGACGAGUGUAAUGAGAGAGUGAUCAGCAAAACCAAGACCUCGGAGACAUGUUUCGAAGAGGUUCUAGAUUUCUACCAUUGUGUUGACCACUGUGCUGCUCCUCAGAUUUUCCAUCACGUUAAAUAAACCCUUUUAUUCAUCCUGUCAUAAAAUUAGUCAUCCUUGUAUAAUAAUAGAUUUAUUUAUUUCAGA